CCUGCCUGCCUCUCACACUACCUGUCUGUCACUCACUCUGUUUUUCUGUCCAACUCCAUUUUUAAAUAUUCAGUCCUUUUCUGAGUUUACAAUGAGCUAGAGUGAGGGACCAAACGGUCAGUGCAGAGGAUCUGUUUAAAAAUUUUUAACUCUUCAACGUCAUUCCCAAGAUAUUCACUCUUCAUACAAUUUAUACAUGAAAAGGUAGGAAAAUUUGUGCUGGUCGCACUAUGGAGUCAAACAAACUCACACAGUUGCUACACACUGAAAAAAGUGAUUCUGACCUCUUGUAAAUUUCAUAGAUUUUAAUGUUAUUGAAUCCUACUUAUUUUUUUUAAUUCAUUUUAAAAUGUCCUGCCCUUGUUUAAAACAAGCUAAUUUCACUCAAAAGUAAUAAGAAAAAAUAUGUACAAUCUAAUUUCCUAAUACUGUCCUGUCUGCGCAUAUGCAGACACAUGCUGCCACUUUGUCCUGGAGGCAGGAUUUUUUUUUUUUUUUUUUUUCCCCACUUUGUUAGUAGCUCCUUGAAUGCUGUAUAUUCAAGCUGCAUUUUAGGUAAAUAAGCCAUUUAUAGCCAAUCGGUGUGUUAUAUUUUUACUUUUUACAAUUUAAAACAUUGUUUGAUUGAAAAAAAAAAAAAAAAAGUAGUUAGCUAACACUAUUAGUUGUGUGUUUUGACAGUUUAACAUUAGCUAACAUUACAGCAACUAACGGUAGCUUAAGAUAACCUAGUUGUGUAGUUAGUAACUUAGCUAAGUGUAUGUUAGAUGUAUUUUAACAUUUAUACUAACUUGAUGUUGCUCUAAAGUUAUGUGUGAUGAAUUCAGUGUUUGUCUUUUUAGAUUGUUUAUUAGUUUGUGGACAUUGAAUACAAGUUUGCCAAUGUUAAUUGACUAACGUUAUUUAACGGCUUGUAACUUCACUUUCCUGGCUGUUUUGGCUUGUAGACUGGUUAUGCCUCCUACUGUAUUCCUAACUGCAACAAGGGCUGGCGGUUUUUCCUCAUAUCUGAUGUUGGUGUGAUGUAGAAACAUGGAGAUCCUAACUCUUUGGGGACCUCAUAUUGUUUUGAUAAAUGCUGAAUUCCAGCGCAUAACAAAUUCACUUAAAACAACCUUCAUGGUGCAGUUGGACAGCCAUUUACCUCAGCUGACAUCUAUUUUCCAGAAGGAGGGAGGUGUUUCUGGCCAGAAACUAGCCAAACAUCUGUCGAUCUUGCAAGAGAAGGUCGGACCCAUACCGAAGGAUUACAACCAUUACUCCCUUAGUUGCUCCGUCACCUCCAGUUACACCAUGCCCAGGGCCAGACCGGCGCCCUUCUUUGGUUUGGAGGAUCACAGCACGCCUCAGAACCAUCUGCUGGGUCGCAGCAUGCCAUUGAACCAUCAGCUGGUUCGCAGCAGCAGCACCCUCCUUCUCUGCCAGAGUGGCAGACUCCGGAUUCCCGGACAUCACUGGUCCAGCCCGCUCCUCUACCAAUCUUCCCGUUGCCGGCUUCCUGUCCUGCCGACGGCUCCCUGUCCUGCCGACCCGCCGCCGGCUCCCUGUACGGCUGUCCCGCCGCCGGCUCCUGAGGAUCUCCGCCAGCUUCCAGAGAGACCCGUAUUCGCCGCUGGUCUCCAGGGGCCCUCAGCCUUCACUGCCGGCAUUCCGUCAGAACUCUAG